UUAUAAUUUUUCUUUCUAUUAUUAUACUAUAGAUUCGGCAUAGAGCAGAUGGACGAGUGAUGGUGGCUAAGAUUGGCAAACAACAACGACUUAGAAAUGACCAACACAAGCUGAUUCAAGAACUGGAGCUUCUCAAUAAACUACAACACCCUAAUGUUGUCAGGUAUAUGGGAGCCUGCGUGAAGGACGGUCACAUUCACCCCGUGCUUGAGUAUAUAUCCGGUGGGUGUUUGGCAGACUUACUGGCUGAUGAGACCAUAGCGUUGUCAUGGAAACAGAAGGGUUUCCUAGCAACAGGUAUCGCUGAUGGGAUGGCCUACCUGCAUUCACAGAACGUGUGUCACAGGGAUCUCACGUCUGCGAAUUGCCUUGUUCGGGAAAGACCGGACAAUAUCCACGAGGCAGUAGUCACGGACUUCGGACUGGCUCGUGUUCUCGGCCGCAUGCCCGAUCCUCCCCCGAACACUCCACGAACUCCAGAUUCGCCAGAACCAGAGGUCAUCGAUGCACCGAACCCUCGUUCGUUGUUGCCUCGGAUACCGUCGGCUUGUGUGGACGUGCCUCGGAAGAUGUCGGUAGUCGGUAGCGCAUUCUGGAUGGCUCCCGAAGUUUUACGAGGAGAGGAGUAUACUCGGCAGGUUGAUGUCUUCUCGUUUGGUAUUGUGGUUUGCGAGAUUGUGGCGAGAACGACGGCAAAUCCUGAAGAUCUCCCGAGGACAGGGAAAUUUGGUCUCGACAUGGAACUCUUCAAAGAGAAAUGUCCAGGGAUACCUGAGCCAUUCCUUGAGAUCGCUGAAGACUGUUGUUCUAUGGACCCCCGGGAACGACCGGUUUUCGCCGAGCUCGUCCGCCGUUUCAAGGUCAUCCUGGGAACAUUAGACGAAGAAACCACCACCGCAAACUGCUACAAUGUCAACAUCACCGACAUUAUCAGGACAAACGAUUCAGACAAUGAUGACGACAAUGAUUGUAAGAUUGGGUUUCAGUUUCAGAACAAUCUUUCAUGGAUGAGAAAUGCAGGAGUGGAUGAAGAAGAUGAUGCGAGUUCCUUUGUGGAUGAUCUCCAGGAAUAUGAUCCUGUGGAAGGACAGUAUUUUAGGAUUGCAACUGAGUUCUUCGCUUGUUUGGUGCCAAUAGUUUCACUGUGGAUUUACCUUGAUUUGAACGAUGCCCUUUUAUGGAUUUCAUUGACAUACGGAAGCAUGGGGCUGGUCUUGCAGAGCUCGACAAGAUGCGUGGAAGUGCUGGACUCUUCUUUAAAAAUCUUCCGGACUUUAUUCAAUCUCAUUUUCUCGUUAUUUUCUAAGUUAUGGGAUGUCAUCGCGCUGGUGUUCCAGAAUGUGCAUUGCACAAGACUCGCGGGUUCUGACCUAAACGAAAACGUGACGUUCAUAAAUCAAAAUGGCGGUCCGUCUAAAUCUGCGCAAAAUGGUUUUACCGCCAAGGAUCUGAGGAAUGGACCCAUCCAGGCUGCGGAUCUGGUCCCAAUCUUAAAGAAUCAUCAGAGGUGUCUUGGGUCCGUCGGGGAACCAGGGUCACGGGGUCAGAGGAAAGCAGACGAGAAAGAAGUAGAAGGAACAGAACUAAAUAAUUCAAAAGUUAAGAGGGUGACGAAAAGUGGAUGCAUGACACAAAAGCGUGUGAGCUUUUCAUUACAAGACAGUGUCGACGAGGAUGAAAGCGGCACGUAGACCAGAAGCCGAACAAAACAUGAGAAUCUGUAACUCAUUUGAAUACUGACGGCCUAGACAUUUUAAGAGAUUAUUAUAUUGGCAACGAAAUAUAAAUUAUAUCUACAAUAUAAGCAAGAUUAUUUUUCAAAUAAAACAUACUGUCACCUUUGCCUUGCUUGAAAAUGUAAAUCUGUUGUUAUUUUACGUAACUUCUGCCAUGAUUUAACUCUCAAAGGGCUGGGGUAUUUUGGACAUCAUCUUUGCGACAUUCUUGAUGGGUUUUCGUCAUGAAAAAAUUGUGAAACCAAAAUUAUCUACAUGUAUUUCUUUGGUGUGUCGAUUCAAAUGAAGCCUCGUAAUGCUAUACCCACUUCAAAUUUUGUAUCAAAGGUUGUAGUCUCGGAACAAAAGCGUUUUGGAGGGUCGUGAACCUCAACGCAAAUUGCAGAGUUUUUGGCACUUUGGUUGCAGGAGACUUCGGUGAAAAGUUUCAUACGAAUUUAUAUUUCAACAAAUCAGAAUUAUGUUGUGAAACGUCGGGUACCAAUUCCAGUCCUUUUAAAGUUAUGUGGUGGAACAGAUUUUCUUCACCUUCGUGAAAUACACGCUAUUUUUCUAAAAAUCAAACGUGCUCAAUAUACUACUAUUUUUUCAUAAAUAAGAUUGACGGGUUGUAUAACUUUCUUAAAAGAUAUAAGAUAUAAAACCUUUACUUAAAAAAAAUGAAUUUAUAUUUUUGAAAUAGAACAGUUACAAUAACUUAAGGAUUGUGAUAUUGAGUGAAAAAUAUUUGAUUCGUUGUAUUCUCUCAACUCAUUCUAAACACAUUUUCUCUCUAAAUGAAUUCCUCACAGAAUCGAUAAUUAUUCAUUACUUUUCACUCAUUUUCUUAUCUAAGAGUAAUACCUUGGUCACAUUCCUUCUACGGCGGCCGUACGGCGAGUGGAAAACGGCCGUUUUAACAUUUUUUGUACCAGCUACAGGUAGGUGGUUUGAAUAAGAAUGAAUAAAACGACUGUUUUCGACUCGCCGUACGGCCGCCGUAGAACAAAUGUGACCAAGGUAUUAUUGCAAUGAAUUACAGCGUUACAUCUCUAUAUAUGCACUUCUAUAGAGGAAAGAUAAAUAAAACCACUUUUAAUUGCCAUUAUUAUUAUUUGUUGAUUUCCAAUGUUAUUCAUGACUUGUCAUUUUUCAUAUGCUUCUUUUAUGGAUAGAAUUAUUCAAAGUACUUUCACAUUCCCUUCGUUUUUAUUCUUUCUCCUCUGAUCUUUGCCGUGGAUUUUUCCAUUCAUUUCCAUAUUUCCUUUUCUCGGAUUUGGAUCGUUCAAACAAUUUCAAGUUGUUAUAAUGUGUUCAAAAGAUUAGCGACUUUUCCUUUAUGUAAUUAAAAAGGACAUGUUCUUCUUUUUUGGGGGGUGAUUAUAUUCAUGUUAAAGUGGUACUCAAAGGCUGAAAUUGAUAUGAUUUUUAACAGAUAAAGACAAUCAGGCAUGACAAAACAGUGAACAUAAUCAUUAAAAUCGGACAAGGGUAAGCAAAUCAAUGUCAUUUUACAAUUUUGCAUUAUUUUGGUGAAACAGUUCUGUGCAUAUCUUCGUGAAUAUAAAAUGAACAACCUGAUAAUGUCAUAUGACUCGUAUCCCCUUAUUCCUUUUUACAUUGAAACUAUAUUUCUCCAGUGAAAAAAAAUCAUAGAUUGACUAUUUAUUUAAUACGUAAGAUAAUCGUAAUAAGUAAGAUAUACAUUAAUACGUAAGAUAAUCAUACAAUUUGUUUUUGUUUGAUGGAAGUGAAGUAAAUAAAUUUGAAUUUGAAUCAUUGCUGUACCUUAUUUUGUUUCAAGGAGAAAUAUAAAACACACGUAUGAAAUCACAGGCGGAUCCAGGGGGGCGGAUGUUGUUAAGUUUGGAAUGGAUUUUAACGCUUUGAAGAUUUACUUGUUCAAUUUAUGAAUAUUUUCGCACAAAAUAUGAUUUUCUGCUUGUUACUCUCUCCAAAGAAAAGAGUAAAAUCUUCACACGGGUAUAGAAGUUGAAGGAUCCAUUUAAAAUUGAAUCGAAGAGUUUAAAGGACAAGUCCAACCCAACAAAAACUUGAUUUGAAUAAAA